AUGGCUACUCUCAUUCCUCUCAAUGCCGACAUGGUCGCUUGGGUUCGUGGCGUCCUCGACGAGCUUCGAUCCGACGUCGGUGAACAGCAAUUCAACGCUUGGCUCGUGGCCGGCAACCGCGACAAAGUGAUGGAGAUUGCCCGGAUGCUCCAGAGCAGAGGGGACCCACGCUCAGCGACAGCUCAGCACGCCAAAGACCUCACCAAGACAAUCAAGGCCUUACUCACCUCCGUCUUCUACCUCAAGUUGUCGCUGGCUAACUUGAGGGCAUCGAGUCCCGCCGCUUACCUGGUGCAUUCGGCGGAUAUUCACACCUUCGUCUCCUGCAUCCGACAAGCUAAGGCCAACAAGUUUGCCACCACCGAGGAAGAGAGGGAAGGAGCCGCACUCGAGCUUUCUGAGUUCAUUACGAGGCGACAGCAACAGCUUCUCACGAUCUGGUAUGCCAUCAUCGAUGGCCACUCCCUCCUCAAGCCGACGAUCGGUCGCCGGGUUGCCCGGAUGCAUGGCACGACGAAGGGGAGGUGGGAGAGGGAGGCGAGGGCGUCCUGA